AUGUCGAAAGAUAUCGAGAGCAAUGCCAAAUCUGCGGAAGGAGACGAGAAGGAGACCGAAGUAGGGAUGGGGCAAUACCCCUGCACCGCUGAUGACCACUUUGAAAUUCGCCUCAUUGACGCCGUCGAGAAAAAUCCCUGUAUAUUCAAUCGCUGUCACCCGCUUCACAAGAUGUCCGACUACAAGAGUCACGUAUGGAAUCAAGUGGCACAACAGCUCUCUUUUUCAGGUCCGUCCAUCCUUUUGAGAUUUAAUGGUGCAAUCCAGAUCAUGUGGCGGAGAAAGGGAACCCACUAUGUGUGUUCCUAA